AAUUCUAAAAUUGAAAAUUAUCUUGUGACUGCCUUGCGUCCUUCAUUUGUUUUAAUUAAUUAAUUAAAAUGGCCAGUGCAGUCGCUAAGGUGCCGACUCUUAUUAAUACUGCCAUCACUCAGGCGAGGCCAAAAUUAAAUAUUUUUAUGAAAUAUGCUCGCGUUGAACUUGCUCCACCCAAGCUAAGUGAGCUGCCUCAGAUUAGACAAGGCAUCGGUAAUCUGAUCACAAGUGCUAAGACAGGAGCAUGGAAAAGGCAAACAGUCAAAGAGGCCACACUAAAUGUUCUGGUUGGAGCUGAAGUCAUCUUCUGGUUCUACAUUGGUGAAUGCAUUGGCAAACGUCACCUUGUUGGAUACGAUGUUUAAAUUUUUAAUUUAAGAAUAAAUCUGUAGAAAUUAUGCAAACGUCAAUAAAUAAUUGAUUAAA